AUGAGGUACCACGAUGGUCCUACGCCCUCGCAAAAGCCUGGCCAUGGCAAAGUCGAGCCGCAACCGCACGACUGCCUGAUAUGGGUUCUGCUGGCACCGACCAGCAGCGAGGAGCCGUACAAAAGCCAGUAUGACGCUGCUGUGGAAAGACUCGUGACUGCGCUCCGCGCUGAAGAAGGGCUAUGGCAUGUCACCCAUCUGGUCAACCAGGGGCCACCAUCAGUACCUCAUUGUGCUCCGUCCAUGAUCGCGAGAGCUUCGAGAGGGUCUCUACUGGUUCAGGCGAAGCCCAAUGAUUUCGGGUCUACUCACCCUAAACUUCAGUCAUUCCUGGAACAUGGAAACACCGCUGUGGAAGCUGGACCUAUUGUCCGCUGGAGCAUCAACACGUACGAGCUGGUGCAGAACUAUGAACCAAGAACUUCGAAGAGCCUCACGGGGACUUGCGUGGUCACCGUCAGCAUCCAGCCAAGUCCUGGUCAAGAGACUGAAGUCGACAGCUGGUACCGCAAGGACACGCUCCCACUGCUCGGUGCCACUAGUCCUGAGCUCUUCUUGCGUUGUCGGAGGUACAAGCGGGUGGAGACUUCAGGCGGAUCAGGUCAGCUUGGGGCCGGUGGCUCGCCGGAGAUGCUGGCUGUGAAUGAGUACUUGAGCGUCAAGGCUCUGUUCCAGCAUGCUCUCACGAAGGGCCCGGUGGUUGAGGAGACUGAGCGCAGUAAGAGGGUGUUGGGGGGAGCGAGGAAGGUAGAGAGGACGGUUUGGGAGGUUGUCUGA